GCCUCGGGGACGCGCGGCGCAGCCCGAUCUCUGACAGGUGGAUCGAAGUGCGAACAGAUUCGACUCGGCGCAGCAAUUCCUGAGUUUCGGACAAACGGCCAUCGACACAACGAUGUGGAAGUCUGUGGUGGGACAUAACGUCAGUGUGAAAGUGGAGGCGGAGGGGGACGACUGGGACACGGACCCUGAUUUUGUGAACGAUGUGUCCGAGCAGGAGCAGCGAUGGGGGGCAAAGACCAUCGAGGGAUCAGGGCGCAGCGAGCACUUCAGUGUGCACCAGCUACGGGAGCACGUGUCGAAGGAGCACGAGGAGAAGAAGAAGAAGGAGCUGGCGGAGGGGCCCAAGGCCUCGUACGGAUACGGGGGCAAGUUUGGGGUGGAGAAGGACCGCAUGGACAAGGUUGCCAUGGGCCACGGCUAUGUGGCAGAGGUGGACAAGCACUCCUCUCAGACCGACGCGGCCCAAGGCUUCGGGGGGAAGUACGGGGUACAGAAGGAUCGCAUUGACAAGUCUGCCGUCGGCUUUGAAUACAAGGGGCAGGUGGAGCAGCACGCCUCGCAGAAAGAUUACUCAAAGGGCUUCGGAGGGAAGUACGGUGUGGAGCGAGAGAAGGUGGAUAAAGCAGCUUUGGGGUACGACUACAAGGCAGAGACAGAGAAACACGAGUCCCAGAAAGAUUACUCAAAGGGCUUCGGAGGGAAGUAUGGUGUGGAGCGAGACAAAGUGGAUAAAGCAGCGUUGGGGUACGACUACAAGGCAGAGACAGAGAAACACGAGUCCCAGAAAGAUUACUCAAAGGGCUUCGGAGGGAAGUACGGUGUGGAGCGAGAGAAGGUGGAUAAAGCAGCUUUGGGGUACGACUACAAGGCAGAGACAGAGAAACACGAGUCCCAGAAAGAUUAUGCCAAGGGUUUUGGGGGGCGCUAUGGUGUGCAGACAGACCGCAUGGAUAAGGGCGCCGCCUCCUUCACUGAGAUGGAGGCACCAACAUCCUCCUAUCAGAAAACCCAACCCGUCGAGGCAUCGAGCAGCGGGGCCAGCAGUCUGAAGGCACGCUUCGAGAACAUGGCCAAGGCGACGGGCGAGGAGGACCGCCGGAGAGCCGAGGAGGAGCGAGCGAGGAGAGAGGCCCGAGAGAAGAGAGAGCAGGAGGAGGCGCGCAAGAGACAGCAGCAGGAAACAGAGCUGAGCACCAGAGAGGAGGAGGAGGAGCCUCCUGCUCAAAAAGCCCCUGCCAUACCGUCCUCAAGGGCCCCGCAGGCGUCUCCAGCACUGCCCGAGAGACGAAGAGAGGUGCCUGAACCGGAGCCUGAACCGGAACGUGAACCAGAGUCUGAACCCUGCUACAGGCAGGCGGAGGAGCAGGAGGACCCUGAGUACGAGGAGCCCCCCGAUCUGCCCCCCCGCUUGGAGGAGAUGCCCAGCACAAAGGAGGAGGAGGAGGAGGAGGAGGAGGAGCCGGGGGUCUACGAGGACGUUUCAGUACUCUCAAGCACUGACACAGCUGCUGAGAAUGAGUACGAGGAGGCUCCAGCAGGCCUGUGUGCAGUGGCUCUCUAUGAUUACCAGGGAGAGGGCGAUGACGAGAUCUCCUUCGACCCGGACGACAUCAUCAGAGGCAUUGAGAUUGUGGACGAGUCGUGGUGGAAGGGGCAGUGCCGCGGCCGGGUCGGACUGUUCCCUGCCACAUACGUGGAGCUCAUGCAGUGAGCGCCCCCUGUGGGCCUGGCUGACCCCAUCUGUCUCUCUCUCUCUCUCUCUCUCUCUCUCUCGCUGUGCUGCCAGUAAUGCAGCAUCACACUCUAAUCCAGGCAGUUUCAGCUCCUUUUUAAAUGUUUAAAAGUAUGAAGCAGCAGCAGCAGCAGCAGUGUGUUCGAGCCCCAGCCCCACUCCCCUUGCCAGUGCCCCAGCAGCAGCAGUGUGUUUGAACCCCAGCCCCGCUCCCCUUGCCAGUGCCCCAACAGCAGCAGUGUGUUCGAGCCCCAGCCCCGUUCCCCUUGCCAGUGCCCCAGCAGCAGCAGUGUGUUUGAACCCCAGCCCCGCUCCCCUUGCUAGUGCCCCAGCAGCAGCAGUGUGUUUGAACCCCAGCCCCGCUCCCCUUGCUAGUGCCCCAGCAGUAGAGUAUUACCUGCUAUCUGCAUGCUGCGCUAGGCCGGGUACUUAGUCUUGCAGUCAUGUCCUUGAAUUCAGCCUAGGCUCAGGUAUUUCAAUACAAGCCAUAAGUAGUUCAAGUAGAGGACGUGGGGCUCCACAGUAUCAUACCUGAAAGAGGUCAUGUUUAAAAGUAGCUGGGGGUGAGAUCAUUUCCUAGCGCUGCAGCAUGUGUCUCUGUGUUGGAUGAGGCCGGCCCUCCUGUGUAUUGAAUGCAGUGUACCUACAGUGCUGGGUGGUGUUCACAUGGAAACCCAGGGUGUGAGAUGCAUGUGGAUACGCACCGGGAGUUUCCGUAGCGAGCUGUGCAGAACAUCAUGGCUUUACCAGGCUGUGCUUUCAGACAGGGGCUCUCUUUGUAGUCUGGGCUCUGAUUAUUGUUGUUCAAUUGAUUGUCAUUUCUUUUUUAUUCUUACAAGACUAUACAUAUUGUCAUGUAAAAGCAGCAGCUGUGCAAUGAAAUUAAACAGAUGCUUAAAGUAA